CCGCGUUACAGCGCAACAACACAUGACAAUCCACCUCCCUCCCCGGUCGACUCUCCACGCUGGAGUCUCUCUUUCUCGUCGUUAUUAUCAUUGUUUUUCUUUCAUUUUUUUUUUGUCUGCUCGUCUAUUGCGAAUUUGCAUUUCUCUGCAUUCUUCUCUCCGCCAUCCCUCGACCGUAGUUCACUUCGCAUGCGUCUUGGGUUGAUGCCCCUCAAUCCCUCCGCAUCUCCCCACCCUCAUUUUGCUACUUCUUUUUCUGUUUACUGGUUCAAAUUUCUACAUCCACUGAACGUGAAUAGUCUGCCGUUCAGACAUUAGUUUCUUUUCGUUAUGUUUGCUUGGGGUGGUUUGGGUAAGGUCUUCUUCCCCCUUCUUUCUCACAUCGCUCAGUCCAGCGGUCUCUUUGAAUUAGCCCCUUCCUGCUUUUUGUCAGGAUAGGACGAUGCUGUUUGACCUCUAUAUAUGGCUAUAUCCUUGCUGAAUAGUUCAAUUGGCUUGAUGGCCCAUCUUGUUCCUUUGCCCCGCUUGGAUAUCAUGCUAUACAUGCCCUAUACCCGUCCUAUCUUCAAAGUGCCAAUGUUUCACGCGUCCUCCUUUAAUAUUUGACCGAUGAAUUGUCCUACGUGGAAGUGUUUCUUUUUCAAGUGGCUCCUUCAUCUAUACUCCCCCCUAUUACAUCAUUGGACCAGUUGCUGAUAGUCAACGUAGGCCUGCCCACGGUGGGAACGGACCCUGAAAAGGAACGACGACCCCCAGCCGAUCCCACUCCUUUGGAUUUUCCUGUCUAUGAUAUUCCAAGUAUCUCGGAGGAUGAUUCGGAAUCUCCCGCGAAUCGUCUGUAUGGCCUCUUGACAUCCAUAAAACGUCCUCAGGACAUCACGGCCGCGAGCCUGAAGGCCCUCAAUUUGAAGCUGGAGACGGAUAUUGCCGUCUCAAAUAUAGUCCCUGAGGAUCGCAUGAGCUCUCUUCCCUCGUUGCCGUGGGAAGAUGCACCAUCAGCAGAAGGGGAACAGCAACAACCAGAGGAUCAUCCACCAGCUUUAAUGAGUAAUGGCUAUCCGUAUCCUCAGAAGUCUAGGUACGAAGUCGUCAGGAAUGAGCUCCUGUACGAUAAUGACGAUGCCUUCCGGGAGGUUGUGCGAUUGAGUCCUCGUCCCGGUCGCCAGAGGAUUCGAUUGACUCAGUCAAGGAAUUUCUGGGUGGGGUUGGAGCGCAUGUCCCAGUAUUGGGACAGUAGCCUGGAUAACUAUUAUGAACGUCCUGCUUCUCCAAAACAGGCGCCCGCGGACCAAGCCGCGGAUAAAAUGCAGACUGACGGGCAGCCCCAGGAGGACAACAAAGCCAAGGAAGAGGAUCGACCGAAGACGCCAAUGGAGCUUGACCAUCCUGCAUCCUCAUCGAAUCCCUCUGAAGGACCGAACGAGGGUAAAGAAUGUAAGGAGCAGCAAGAACAGCAGCAGCAGCAGCAGCCAGAAAUGGUAACCAUGUAUACUGGCCGUCGCAUUGGCUCCGGAAGCGAAAUGCCGGAUGAGAUCCGGGAUGAUGCUAUUCGAGGGUUCCUAGAGAUGUCCGCCUGGCCAUUUGGGUGUCAAGUCUCUGUACCCAGCCUGCCUCCAAGACUUGCCGUCAAAAAUCUGCUCUUCCCUGUCAGGCAGUCCUUUCACAGCGGUCGAUCCCCAAGAGACCGGAUGGUGGCCCGGAAGGGUGUUCUGGAAGGCCCCGUACUCAUUGCACAGUGUCGACCUGACACGACUUUCCGGGGGCCGGAUGAUGCGCCUGGGUCCGGCAGCGGCGAAGUAUGUGAUAUUCUCCGUGAAGUCGGGGCCAUGCUCUUGGCGGCCGAGGAACGAGCGCGGGAGGGGAAAACCGAAGUGAAACCUGGGGAAGGAAAAUGGUGGACCACAACCCCUCGAUGGGGCGGGGCUCCAAACGACGAUGUUGGAGACACGGCAGGCAGUAAUUCGGAUGAAAAACCAGUCCCGGAGUCUGGAAACGCGCGCAAACGCUCCAAAUAUGAGCACCCGCUUAUGUCAUCGCGGCGGUCGGGCACUUCGCGGAAGCUCUCAAACGCGGAGAAGUGGAAGCUGAUACAGCCUGGACCCAGUCUCUGGGACAAGCGAAUGGUUUACAUGCAGAUAGGGAAGGCGAAGGAGAGCCUGUUUGACGAUAUAUACAUGGUAUCGUCUAUCAACCACCACGUCUCGAUUCUCCACCUUCGAGUGCACCGCCGGUAUGUGGAGCUGCUUAGCAGCGGACUGAGCGAUGUUCCGGGUGAAUCAGACAGCGUGGACCAACCAUGGCAUGUGCUGAAGCUUCGGCGGACGAGAUGGCUCGACUUGUUCGAUGGCAGGGACCGCGUGGAAGCGUUUGAGGGGGCCUGGCGCGUCUUUCAUUAUCUGAUGCGAAAGGAUGACAAUGGACAGGCAUAGAUCUGGCGGUUAUUUUGCUGGAAAUGCAUAAAAAUACUUGUUUUGUGGUCUAUAUAUAUUUUUUUCCUAUCUGAUAUCUUGUCUUCCCCCCUUCUUCUAUAGCAGAUAUCUAGCAGCGUUACUCGUAAGCAGACGAAGGUUCCGUAGUAUAGACGCAGGCGAAGAUCCAAAAAAAAAGAGAAUGUGGCCAAGUGUACUGCCCCUUCCAUUAUCAUUAUCAUAGUCCAUGUUCGC